AUGAGUGUCAUUCUCUGUACUGCGGGCUAUGAUCAUACCAUUCGAUUUUGGGAGGCCCUCUCAGGAAUAUGUUCGCGGACAAUCCAGCACCCUGACUCUCAAGUCAAUCGUCUCUGCAUCACUCCCGACAAGCGCUACCUAGCGGCCGCGGGACACAACAAUGUCAAACUCUACGAUAUCAAGUCAACCAAUCCGAAUCCUGUCAUGACUUUUGACGGUCACACGAACAACAUCACGGGGGUCGCAUUCCAUUGUGAGGGGAAGUGGAUGGUCACCAGCUCUGAGGACGGGACGGUGAAAGUAUGGGACACUCGUACGGGAAGCUUGCAGCGCAAUUAUGCACACAAAUCUCCAGUCAAUGACGUCGUGAUCCACCCCAAUCAGGGUGAGCUAAUUAGUGGUGACCGGGCGGGUAUCGUUAGGGUCUGGGAUCUGGGGGAGAGCGUCUGCACCCACCAGCUCAUUCCUGAGGAGGACGUUGCUGUACAGAGUGUUAGUGUCGCAAGCGAUGGCUCUCUUCUCUGUGCAGGGAACAAAAAGGGCAAUGUCUACAUCUGGCGCAUGAUCCAGGACGCUGAAUUGACUCGUAUUGUUCCAAUCUGCACCUUCCAAGCUCACAAAGACUAUCUUACACGGGUUCUCCUUUCUCCUGACGUCAAGCAUUUGGCAACUUGCUCCGCCGACCAUACCGCUAAGGUCUGGAAUCUCGAUCCUGGUUUUCCCCCGGCUAAGAUGGCGGCGAUAACAGCCAAGGCCAGAGCCAACGGCAAUGAGUCGCCUGCGCCUGAAGUCAAAGAGUCUGUAGCGAAGGAGCCCGUUGCGUCCCCGACAUCCCCCAAAGUCCAGGACCUUCACAUUGGCACUGACCUGGGAAGAAGUGGGGAGUUGAACCCGAUUUCCUACAUCAAAGCAAAUGCUCCUGCGAAUCCGGAGCCACAGCAGAUUUUCCCGGUGCAGCCGGAUGGACCUCCGAUGGACAUGACUACGGGAACCCCGUUUCUAGAGACCACAUUAGCCAAUCAUCAACGCUGGGUGUGGGAUUGCGCGUUCUCUGCAGAUUCCGCCUACCUUGUUACCGUUUCGAGUGAUCACUAUGCGCGUCUGUGGGAGCUGGCUUCGGGUCAAAUCAUUCGUCAAUACAGCGGCCAUCACCGCGGGGCGGUAUGUGUUGCAUUGAACGAUUAUUCGGAGCCUCGUUGA